AACGUCGGAGCCAACGGAGCCGCCAACCGACCAGUUCUUUUCUUCUCAUUCUACACUCGAAAAAGUAUCCGAUUGAGUGGAGAGGAGAAGGUCUCUCGAUCCCGAUCGAGAUGUACUUCUACUCGAUAAUCAAUAUAUUUGCUGAUAUAGCAAUUUUUUGGUUGCAUGCAUCGGUGGCUCGGAAUGAAGAUAAGGAUCAUCCACUGGCACAGUAUGUCACCUAUUCCGCUGCACCAUACUUCUUCAAUCUCUUCCCGACUAUCAUGAACUCGGCUUUGUUCGGAUUAGAUAUCUCGCACCUGACAGAUAUUACUCAAGCACUGAAGACUUUUGACUACAUCAUUCUCCGUGACUCUACAUUCAAAUCAAUCAUGCUCUGCACCUUCAUCUUUAUGAUCGUUUGGUCUGGUGUCCUCAUUGCUGGUGGUUUGAUCUGCUGUGUCUCAAGAGACCGCCGUAUGAGCCGUUGCGAGUUGACAAUGCGAACUGGUAUCCCAAGUGCUGUUGGAAUGAUUUUCAGCAUGGCAUUCUACAACGGAGCAUUUGAUGUGCAUGAGAAAAUGAGAUUUGUUCCGAACUAUCCGUUUUUGAUGCUAAACUUGGGACAUCUCAUGUUCAUCUUUGCACUUGCUUGGGGAACUAUGAAAAUUAAAAAUCUCACGGAACCAACUGAUAAUCAAGCUGAAGCCAUUCGUCAGUUCCAAUCUCUUCAAAUCUUCGGUCUCAUCACUUCGGUCCCAAUGCUCUACAUGCAAUUCCAAAUGUUCUCAACUCAUUCUUCCCGCUUCCUGUUCUCCGACUACGAUUGCUUCGUCCGUCUCGUCUUCCUCGCCGCAGUUCUCCUUCUCGAACCAUUCAACAGUCGCUUCCGCUUCCGUGAACGUUUCUACCGUACCGCUCACGAAUCUCCAAUUGCCCCGGCUCCAGAUGCCGUGCAAGUUGUGAAGCCGCUCCCAAGAAAGAUGAACAUCGACGAAAUGACUCCAAACUACGGAAAUGCUCCACCAGCCUACGACGACGCCCAAUCUCUUCCCACUUCAUGGACCAUAACUCCCCCAUCGAAAGAAUACACUGGAGCCCAGAUGACUCCAGUCGAAGCCAAAUAAUUCUUAAUUUGAUUGGUUCUUGUUAAAGGUGGCCUAUAACUUGUUUGAUAACUAUUACAUAGACGUCUAGGUCUCAAUGUAACUUGUGUCGUUUUAUGGGUCCAUAUUGCAACUUUUUUCAACUUAAAAAUUUAUGACAGCAACUUUUUAUUGAACUUGAAAAUUACAAUGAACUAGGCCCCCAUAAACCCACACAAGUACAGUAACUCGCGAGACCCAUGCGCCUAAGAAAAGGCGAACAUUUUCGAAACAAUAUUUUGAGGCAGUAGGCACCGCCAGGUAUCGAAAUUACUUUGACAUAUUUUCUCUGUUCUUACCGAUAAAACUAUUUGAAAUUACAAAACCCACUCAAGUGAUAGGCCACUUUCAAAUUGUUUACUGUAACAAACAAUUAGCAAGAACAUUCCUUAAUUGUUUGUCAAUUUGAAGUUAUGACUCAGUUUCUAUGAUUCCCAUUGGGAAUUUAGUUAUCUUUUGAUCUUUAUUGAAAUUAAGUCACAACUCAUCAUUCUACGAACGUUUCAUUGUCUCAAGCUUUAUAAAUACCCAACUCUAAUUUCCUUGCUCUUUCCAACUUUUUCUGUCCUUAUAUUUUUCCACCUUUACAUUCACAUUUGCUUCAUGCUUCAUGCUUCUUCUUCUUCUUCUUCCUGUGCAAUAAAAUGUGAACCUGUU